AUGGCCUCGACAAUCCUCCUUGCGAACCGCAAGCGCAUGCUUGACUCAGUCUUCCCGCCCGCGUACUUCACAUCCGCGUCCAACGAGAAGGCCCCGCCAACGGGCGAUAAAGCAACCUGGGAUCAGGCAUGGCGUGUAGCGACCACCUUUCUCAAACUACCGGAGGAGACAGUCGCCCUGGAAGAUUUGGAUGAUGACGGACAGAUGCUGCGACGAUGGAUAUACAAAGAUCCAAGCAGGGAAAUCAAGGAUGCGUUGGCGUAUCUGCUCGCGGAGGGACCACAUGGGAUCAUUGAUUGGUAUCGGCUGGAGAUACGGAUGCAUUUUCUGCGUCACUUCCACAAGGGUCUGGCGAAAGUUCUAGAUGCGCAGGACACGGAGCAGCUGCAGGCUAUUGUGCGGCUGCUGGGGUUCGCGCGUCAGAUCUACUUCGCUCCCUUUGUCGAGUACAUACUACCCUGGCUGCGCCCGGCGGAUCAAGAGAAGGAACUUCGGGCACUUGCGUACACGUUCCAGAUGGUAGUUGGCUAUGCCCUGCCGUGGUCCCGGGUCUCCGAGCUACUGUUCCGGGAGCUCACCAAAGAUGCUGUAAUCAUCCUGGGCAUCGACGCGUUGAAAGAAGAGGCGAACUUCGACGACACUUUGAGCGUGGAUAAUAUGGAAGUCGACCGCCAGUAUUCCGUAUCCUACCAAGAUUGGAGGGAAGAGCCGGCUGCUGAGGUUCGAAUGCAGAUGAUGGCGGAGUAUGAAGAUGUACGCGUCAACGCUACUCGCGAGCGACUACUUUCCUUACUUCGGAGCCUGCAACUGGUUGGUCUAGGCGGCGACAAGGCCCAGAAAGUCUUUGCCAGCGUGAUGGAUAUGAUGUUGACGGUGUUUAUCGAAUCGGCGUAUGCCAACCAGUGGGAGGGACCAUCCUUGGUGACACGGCACCUGCAACAGUGGGUUGAAAAUGUUUUUGCCAGACUUGUUGUGCAGGUUUUGGCGAUCAUCAAUCACGACGAUAUUGAACAGAUGCCCGCAAAUCAUCUUGAUGUUAGUCUGGGCGAUGUGGAAAGAUGGCAGGAAAUGGGGAUCUCGCGGUUGGGAUCGCUCCGAACCCGAGAACUUUUUGAUAUCAUUGUGGAGUGGCCGGCGAGCAGUGGUGCCAUUGAAGAUUUACGACAUUUUUCCACUCACCCCGCUUCACGGUACUGUCUGACACAGGCGUUUGUGAAGGUGCUCAACCAGCGGCUUCUACAUCCCGGAGCGUCAACGGUCGAGAUUCUACAGGUGUACAUCUCUAUCAUCCGCGCAUUCAAUCUACUUGACCCCAAGGGAGUGUUGCUGGACCGGGUUGCUCGCCCCAUUCGUCGGUAUCUGCGGGAUCGCGAUGACACGGUAAAGGUCAUUGUUGAAGGGCUGUUGUCGGACCCUACCGAUACCGAAGAGCGCACGCUGCCAUCGGCAGGCGAAACGCUUGUCGAGCUGGCCGCCGAAUUGACCAAAGCACACCAGAAUUCUCUCCGAACCGAAUCCGGAGAGCUAGACUGGGACGAUAUGAACUGGAUGCCGGACCCGGUGGAUGCGGCGCCAGACUACCGAAAGUCCAAGACCUCCGAUGUGAUUGGCAGCUUGAUCAGUCUUUUCGACUCCAAAGAAACCUUUGUGCGAGAAAUGCAAAACAUGCUGGCGGAGCGGCUGCUGCAGAAACGCGCGGAAUUCGAGCAAGAGAUGUCGGUUCUGGAGCUGCUCAAGGUUCGCUUUGGGGAUAGUGCUUUGCAGGCGUGCGAGGUGAUGUUGCGGGACAUCUUUGACUCUCGCCGAGUCGAUACCGUGGUUCGGAACGACCAAGGGCUGGCUAGAAACCAGGCACAGGGCGAGGGAGCGAACGUAACGGAGCUGCAUGCGAAGAUCCUCUCCCACUUCUUCUGGCCUGAAUUCCCGGCGCAGGAAUUCCAUGUGCCUCCCGAAAUUGGAGCGCUCCAGGAACGUUAUGCGACCGGAUUCGGGUCACUCAAACAGUCUCGCAAGUUGACUUGGCUGAAUGGCAUGGGUCAGGUCACGGUCGAGCUGGAUCUUGAGGAUCGAGUGUUUGUGGACGAGGUGACGACGUGGCAGGCCACGGUGAUCUACGCUUUCAAUUCCGAAGGAGGAGAUUCGACCACCAAGACGGUGGAUGAAUUGUCCGAAGCCCUAGGCAUGUCAACCGCUCUGGUGCGCAGCGCCUGUCUCUUCUGGGUCAGCAAACGUAUCCUCAGCGAAGUGCAGCGCAACACCUUUACCGUACUGGAGGCCCUUCCUACUGAAGACGACAAGGGUGCUCUCGGUGCAGCCGACGUAUCAGGGCUGGGUGAGAGCGACCCCACGACAGCGACGGCCAACGCCGCGGCAGCGGCCGAUGCAGCGGCGGCGGCGGCGGCCAAGGAGACGGCCGAAGCAGCAGCGAUGGAGAAGAUGAAUCUGUACUGGCAAUUUAUUGUCGGCAUGUUGACCAAUCAGGGCGCGAUGCCCCUGCAGCGCAUUGUGAUGAUGCUCAAGAUUGCGGUGCCGGGGGGAUUCCCGUUUAGUAACGAGGAGUUACGCGAGUUUCUCGCGGGCAUGGUCGCCAAGGGACAGCUGGAGAUUAUCAGCGGGGGGAGCUACAAGAUUGUCCAGUAA